AUGUCUGCGGCAGUUUCUAAUAUGUUCGACACCAUUUUGGUGCUGGACUUCGGUUCUCAAUAUUCUCACUUGAUCACUAGAAGAUUGAGAGAGUUCAACAUCUAUGCUGAGAUGCUUCCUUGCACCCAAAAGAUUUCUGAGCUGGGUUGGAAACCAAAGGGUGUUAUCUUGUCGGGUGGUCCUUACUCGGUGUAUGAGGAAGGCUCUCCUCAUGUUGACCGCGCAAUCUUCGAUUUGCAGGUGCCGAUCCUCGGUAUCUGUUAUGGGUUGCAGGAACUGGCCUGGAUCGACGGAAGUCAUGUCGGCCGUGGCGACAAGAGGGAGUACGGGCCGGCUACCUUAAAUGUGGUCGACUCAAACCACCGUUUAUUCAAAGGCAUUGACCGUUCGAUCGUUUGGAUGUCACAUGGAGACAAGCUGCAUGGGCUGCCAAGCGACUAUGAGGUUAUUGCCACAUCUGAGAACUCUCCUUACUGUGGUAUUGGCCAUACGAAAAAAGACAUCUUUGGCAUUCAAUUCCAUCCAGAGGUUACUCAUUCUACCCAGGGCAAACUUUUGCUGAAGAAUUUUGCAGUUGAUAUUUGUAAGGCGCAGCAAAACUGGACCAUGGAGAACUUCAUUGAGACUGAAAUCCAAAGAAUUAGAAACCUUGUUGGACCCACUGCAGAAGUCAUUGGUGCUGUGUCUGGUGGUGUUGACUCCACUGUUGCAUCAAAACUUAUGACUGAAGCUAUCGGUGACAGAUUUCACGCAAUUCUUGUUGACAACGGUGUCCUGAGAUUGAACGAAGCCGAGAAUGUUAAAAAAACUCUAGUUGAAGGGUUAAAUAUUAACUUGACAGUUGUAGACGCUUCUGACGAGUUCUUGGAUAAAUUGAAAGGUGUCACCGAUCCUGAAAGAAAGAGAAAAAUCAUCGGUAAUACCUUCAUCCAUGUGUUUGAAAGAGAAGCUGCAAAAAUCAAGCCGAAGGACGGCAAAGAUAUCGAAUUCUUGUUACAAGGUACUUUAUACCCAGAUGUUAUUGAAUCUAUUUCAUUUAAAGGUCCCUCUCAAACUAUCAAAACCCAUCAUAAUGUUGGUGGUUUAUUGGAAGAUAUGAAAUUGAAACUAAUUGAGCCAUUGAGAGAAUUGUUCAAAGAUGAAGUUAGACAUCUUGGUGAAUUGUUGGGUAUUUCUCAUGAACUAGUCUGGAGACAUCCUUUCCCAGGUCCAGGUAUCGCGAUUCGUGUUCUUGGUGAAGUGACUAGAGCACAAGUCGAAAUUGCGAGAAAGGCUGAUCACAUCUACAUUGAAGAGAUCAAAAAAGCUGGAUUAUAUAAUAAUAUUGCUCAGGCCUUUGCCUGCUUGCUGCCAGUUAAGUCUGUUGGUGUUAUGGGUGAUCAAAGAACUUAUGAACAAGUUAUCGCUUUGAGAGCCAUUGAAACUACUGAUUUCAUGACAGCCGACUGGUAUCCGUUCGAGCACGACUUCUUGAAAAGAGUCGCUUCUAGAAUCGUUAAUGAAGUUGACGGUGUUGCAAGAGUUACCUACGAUAUUACUUCUAAACCACCAGCUACUGUUGAAUGGGAAUAA